UCGACCAAGUGUAACCAAAGCCUUACCUCUCCUAAUUUUUGUCUUCGGCUUUUUACUCUCAGGAAUCCGUAAUUCUACGUAAUCUUUAACAAAGAGUCGUUUCAUCUCCGACCCAAGACUCUCCUUCACUAGGCGUUCCUUCCUCGGCUCCUCGCGAGUCGGAACCUCUCCACCUUUUUCAUAGCCAGUCGAGCUCCAACUGCCCAGCACGGUUGAACGGACCGAGUCAUCUAUCCUCACCUCGCGCCUUGGACUCCUAGCAGACAAUUCGAGGUAGGAAAUUAGAAUCUGAAGCCAAUUGGUAGGAGCAAUACACUAAAUCCCCAGACACCAAAAUGUGUACUCAAGCAUCUGGCGGGUUAGAACUCAGACCAUUGGGCAGUACGGGCUUGAAUGUUAGCUCCCUGGGCUUUGGAGCCUCUCCACUUGGCAAUGUUUUUGGGAAUGUGUCCGAAGAAGAAGCUUUCUCCGCUGUCCGCCAUGCCUUUCAUCUUGGAAUCAAUUUCUUCGACACCUCUCCGUACUAUGGAGGAACAUUAUCAGAAAAGGUACUUGGGAAGGCUCUGAAGGCAUUAGGAGUACCUAGAGAUGAUUACAUUGUAUCCACGAAGUGCGGGAGAUACAAGGAAGGCUUUGAUUUUAGUGCUGAAAGAGUUACUCAGAGUAUUGAUGAGAGUUUGGAGAGGCUCCAGCUUGAUUAUGUUGAUAUACUAAAUUGUCAUGACAUUGAAUUUGGAUCUCUUGAUCAGAUUGUGAAUCAGACAAUUCCUGCCCUUGUGAAAUUAAAGGAAUCCGGGAAAGUUCGUUUCAUUGGUAUAACUGGACUUCCGUUGUGGAUUUUUACUUAUGUGCUUGAUCGAGUUCCACCAGGUACUGUGGACGUAAUUCUUUCAUAUUGCCACUACAGUAUUAAUGAUUCAACAUUAGAGGACCUCUUGCCUUACUUGAAGAGCAAGGGUGUGGGUGUGAUCAAUGCUUCUCCUCUCGCAAUGGGGCUUCUUACUGAGGCUGGACCUCCGGAGUGGCAUCCUGCUUCGCUUGAACUAAAGGAUGCAUGUCGAGCUGCUGCUUCUUAUUGCAAAGGAAAGGGGGAAAACAUCUCAAAGAUAGCUAUUCAAUACAGCUUGUCUAAUAAAGAUAUUUCCACAACACUGGUUGGAAUAAUGUCAGUUAAACAGCAGGUUGAAGAAAAUGUAGCAGCUGCGACAUCUGGAAAGGAAGAAGAAACCCUAUCUGAGAUUUCACACAUUCUUAAAAAAGUGAAAAAUCAAACGUGGCCUAGUGGGAUUCACGACAAAGUUGAUAACUAAUUGCUACCAUCUGCUCAAAAGUUUGUGAUGCACUUCGUUUAUUUAUCUCUUCCCGUAACAAUGUAUAUUUUACAAACAUGCUUUUCAAUAGCACUCUUUUCAACCAAAAAUAUUUGUGAUUAUAUUCAAUGUGAUGGCUUCUAAUCUCAAACAAUAUGUGGAGUAAGAUGUGCUACAAUAAAUUCUAGGCAUUUGGAUUUUGAUGUAGAACUACUAUGGCACAAAUAUUACUUCUCAACUCUUAAUGGACAAAAAU